AUGAAAAGAUGCUGGGAUAGUGAUCCUUCACGUCGACCAAAGGCACAAGAAUUGUUUAAUCACUUCAAUAUGAAGUAUUAUGAAAUCUGUAGUGGAGAAUAUAUAAUACCAUAUUCAGAAACUAUAUGUCUUCCUUCUAAUGUUAAUUCAAUUGAUAAUCGUAAAAGUGAAAUUCUUGAAGAUUUGUUUGUAGAUUAUGUGCAAAAAAGCGAUGAAUUGUUUAUUUUAACGCUAAAAACGACUGAAGACGAUUUAACGAAUUCAAUUAUCAAUCGAGACGAUUAUUCUAAAAAUAUUUUAUCAGGUUUAAACAUGUCAAGCAAUGAUUCGCUGAUGAUGGCGAGUGAAGAUGAUUUAAGCCCAAUUAUCAGCUGUGAUGAAGUACCACCAAGUUAUGGAUAA